GCUGCCGCCGCGAUGCUGCACGGCUGCGGGCAGAAGCUGCUGCUCUCGCUGGUGGGCUCCACGCUGACCUGCCUGCUGGUGCUGAUGGGGGAGCCGCCCAAAGGGCCUCAGGGACUCAGCCUGGGGGGCGACGGGGGCGACGGCCGGGGCUCCCUCCUGCUCCAGCGGGGGACGCAGGGCUGGCUGCGGCGCUGGAGGAACGACCCUCGGCCGGACCUCGGCGGCUCUUUCAGCGGCUACUUCAGCCAGCUCGGCCGGGCUAAGAGAGAAGGCGGCGGCGGGGGCGGGGGGGCCAGCGAGGAAGCCGGGAAGCAGCGGCGUCCCCAGCAACCGGCCCCCGCCCGGGAAGAGAUUUCGCCCCGGGACGUUUUCAUCGCCGUCAAGACCACCAAGAAGUUCCAUAAGGCGCGGCUGGAGCUGCUCCUGGACACCUGGAUCUCGCGCCACAAGGAGAUGACCUACAUCUUCACCGAUGGCGAAGACCAAGAGCUCAAACAGAGAAUUGGAAAUGUCAUCAACACCAAUUGUUCUUCUGCUCACAGCCGGCAAGCCUUAUCCUGCAAGAUGGCGGUCGAAUAUGACCAGUUCAUUGAAUCCGGACGAAAGUGGUUUUGCCACGUGGACGAUGAUAAUUAUGUAAAUGUCCAGAUGUUGGUCAAACUGCUCUCCAGCUAUGCUCACACGCAGGAUAUCUACAUUGGAAAACCCAGUCUGGACAAGCCAAUCCAGGCCACCGAGAGAAUCAGCGAGAACAAGAUGCAUCCGGUCCACUUCUGGUUUGCCACCGGUGGUGCUGGGUUCUGCAUCAGUCGUGGUCUGGCACUGAAGAUGACCCCUUGGGCCAGCGGUGGGCACUUCAUGAGCACCGCGGAAAAGAUUCGCCUCCCCGAUGAUUGCACCAUUGGGUACAUUAUAGAAUCUGUCCUGGGGGUGAAACUCAUCCGAAGUAAUCUUUUCCACUCACAUCUUGAGAAUCUCCAUCAAGUACCCAAGUCUGAGAUCCACAAACAGGUCACUUUGAGUUAUGGGAUGUUUGAAAAUAAGAGGAAUUCCAUCCAUAUGAAGGGGGCUUUCUCAGUGGAGGAAGAUCCUUCCAGGUUUCGCUCCAUCCAUUGCUUGCUCUACCCGGAUACGCCUUGGUGUCCUUCCAACAUCGCCUACUAAAAAUCUCGACGUCCCUUUAACCUCGUCCCGAGUUCUCCGGUAUCCGAAGAGCUUUCGGGACCCGUAGUUUUAUUAGCGUGUCUGUAUGCGUGCGUCCUUCGCUUGCUGUGAAGCAAUGAGAUCCUAAUUACUGUGGUUAGUUCACAGUGUGUUGUGUAUGUUUCCACCAGCUGCGGUGUGGUCUUGUGCGCCUCGCUGUGUCCCUCUCCCGGUGACGAUCAGGGUAUAGAUAUUUUAGAAGCUCCCAAUGCGAGAACAAUUGCGAUAUUUUUUCUCUCUCUCUCCAGCCUUCCCUUCCUUUGCAAGGGUUUCAAGGCUGGUGGUGAUGACAAAGACCUUUGUCUACCUGCCACCUGCUGAAGGCAAUGCUGCAGGUCUUCCUUGCUCCAGAAUAUUUUGAGAGGUGGACCCUUUGCUGCUUCUUCUUCAUCCAUUUCUGCAAAGCCCAAAACACUUCUGCAAACUGCCAAAUCUUAAGCACUUUUAAAACCAUGCGUUGUGGCAGAUGCUAAGCUGGUAUGGGAUUGCCCCCAUUUUAACCGGUCAAAAGAAAGAUCCAGUAAGCAUUGCUCAAACUCGCAACUUUAAGGUGGGUGGAUUUCGAUUCCCAGAAUUCCCCAGUCAGCUUCCACAUCAAGCAUGCUGGCUGGGGAAUUCUGGGAGUUGAAGUCCAGCCGUUGUAAUUUGGGGGAAUUUGGUGAGCGGAAGUCCACUCGUCUUAAAGUUGCCCACUUUGAGAAACACUGGAUUAAAGCUUAGCCUGGUUGUGUCGUGGUUUGGGCUGUUUGAGGCUAUCAACACUUCCAAGAUCACGUUCACAGCAUUGUAAUUAAAGCCAGGAUGCCAUUUUACAGAUUUUUUUUCACCCCCCUCAAAAACCUGGUCUUUUUUUCAGCUGGAGUCUUUUAACUUUGUGGUGUUCCAGUUCCAAUCAUUUUUCUGGCUGGGAACUAUUGGAGUUUGAAUCUAAAAUAGCUAGAAAAAAAAAAAAAGCUACUUUUGGCCACUGGCUGUCUUUCUUCCUAUUUUUGACAUAUCUUUUCCCCGCUCCUUCCUUCCUGCUUUUUCAGGCUCCGCAUAAUUUUUCAGAUGAAGGUUUACAUAGGAAACAAGUUUUUUUUUUGCUGAUUUGCUCUGUGUGUGUUUUUGUAAAAAAUUUUGUUGAUGUUGUUUCGGGGUUGUUCCUUUCCCUCGUGCUAUAUGUAGACUUUCCUCUGAGACAGAAAGCCUUUUUCUCCCCUAAAUUCAUUUAGAGCUGGUCUCUUGUUGAACACUCACGUUUUGCAGUUGCACUGAAGGAAGACUCAAACGAUAGGGGAUUUUUUUUUUGGCACGGAGAUAUUAUCUAAUCCUUUUCAUCCCGGCCUCCUUGCCUUUACAGAAGUUUGGUGGGCUUCUUAUGAGUAAACAGGCAAAGGGUUGUAAAACUGCACCUAAGUCCAGAAUUGUGGAAUGCACCUGUAGUUGCGUAGCUGCAUUUAAUUCUGAUUUAAUUAAAUUAAAUCAAUAUUCAAUACCAAAUGUAAGCAAAGAGUUGAUAGCAGAUUGGCUGGCUACAGCUCCAGAAAUCCUCAAUUCCAAUAUAUAUAUAUAAUAUGUAUAUAUAUAUACA